UUCCUAACUUUUUUUUAAGAGGUAGGCCAAUGGAAAAAGUGUUUAGUACAAAUUUUCUGAAUUUUCUUUCGCUUUUCCUCUUCCGCUCGGUUUAUCAUCGUCCCAACAAUUUUCUAACUGUUUAGAGUUUGGGGACAAUGGGGAAAAAGUGUAAAUUUUUCCGAAUUUUUAUUUCCUUUUCUCUUUUUAUCUCGGAAAUGGAGGAUCGGUUUUUUAGUGUUUCAACAAUUUUCCGACAAUAUAGGGGUAGGCGAAAAUAAGGAAAUAGUGUAGACAAUUUUCCGAAUUUUCAUUCGCUUUACCUCUUUCAUCUCUUGAAUUAGUGCUCGGAUUUUCACAGUUCCAACCAUUCCCGAACUGUUUAGAGGAGCGCCAAUGGAAACAGUAGUGGUACAAUUUUCCGAAUUUUCAUUCGCUUUUCCUCUUUUAUUACGUUUAUGAAGGCUCGGUUUUUCACAGUUCCAACAAUUUUCCAACUGUUUAGAGUUUGGCGACAUUGGGGAAAAAGUGUAAAUUUUUCCGGAUUUUCAUUCGCUUUUCCUCUUUUAUCUCGGAAAUGAGGGAUCGGUUUUCUAGUGUUCCAACUAUUGGAGAUAAAAGAGGAAAAGUGAAUGAAAAUUUGGAAAAGUUUUGCACUUGUUCACCAUUUUCGCCAAACUCUAAACAGUGGGAAAAUCGUUGUGUUGAUGAAAAACCGAGCGUCCAUUCGCGUAAUAAAGGAAGAAAAUUUAGUGGAAAAUAACACUGAUUUCUAUUUAGACAGUUGAUGUUUAGUUCUACAGGAUAACCUAUUAUGCUGAUAAUGGGUUAUCAGUGGUUUAAUAACCAACUGUUGCUUGUUUUUGUAUUUCAUUUGAAUUAAACUUCUUAUUUAUGUUUGAUUUGAUUUUGAAUGAAAGAGUUUAGUUUUAAUCUGGUUAAAUAUCAAUCCUUAUGCAAAUGUGAUUUAAAAAUUAAUUGACAAAGUUAUUAGUCUUUGAAUGAUGUGUAACUCUAUUUUACCUGUUGAUGGUAAUGUGGAUGUGGAAAUUAGAAAAUUAAAUGCAAAAUCAGUUCUUGAGUUAUCACAUAUUCUAGAUGUUGAAGAAAGUUGGAAAUUAGUUAUGGCUAACAUUGAAGAUGUGGAGACUGGUGCUAGUAAAUAUAAAGUUGAACACAUGACUUUAAUAGAAACAGCUUCAGAAAAUCAAAAACGUUCUUCGACUGCGAUUCUUUUAGAAGAAUGGGGAACUAGUGGUCGCAAAAGGCCACAUAUUUCUGAUUUAUUAAAUAUUCUAGUGAAAACAGAACUAUAUCGUGCAGCUGAUUACGUUUCUGUCCACCUUUUGAAUCAAGCGCCCCCUUCAAGACCAAUCAAUGGUCCAGCUGCACCUGUUGCUAUACCUGAAGAAAUUCUUGAACCUUCUGCUCCACCUCUUUCUUUUUGUAGUUCGGAAUGCCAGGAUGAAACUGCACCACUACCAGAAGCAAAUAAAGAAGUAAUGAAGCCUGGUGAAAUUAUCCAGCAAGUGAGUUACCAAACUUUGAUGUAUGGAACUGAUGAUUUCUCCGAUGAUAAAAAAAUUGGAACUGGUGGAUUCGGAACUGUUUAUUUGUGUAAUCUACAUUUUGGAAAAGUAGCAGUUAAGAGGCUUCAUGAUUCUGAGGCGGCUAUUCAAGAAUUGACUUGUGAUCAAUUUAGUACUGAAAUCAAUCUGUUAAGUGGUGUAAUUCAUCAAAAUAUUCUUCCUGUCAUUGGUUAUUCAAAUGAUGGCCCAUAUAAAUGCCUAAUUUAUUCUUUCAUGCCUAAUGGUUCUCUUCAAGAUGCUUUGGAAGCUAAGAAUAACAGAGAUGUCUUAAGUUGGCAAGAAAGGUUCCACAUAAUGCAUGGAACUGCAAAAGGAUUAGAAUAUCUUCAUUCAAUGGAAAAACCCCUCAUCCAUAGAGAUUUGAAAAGUGCAAAUGUGUUGUUGGAUGAAAAUCUUACUCCCAAGGUUGGCGACUUUGGUUUGGUGAAGGCUGGAAAACCAUUUGGUAAACUUACCAUGUUUACUUCCACAGUUGUGGGCACAUCAGCUUAUAUGGCUCCAGAAGCAUUUAAAGGAGAAAUAUCACCCAAAGGAGAUGUUUUUAGUUUUGGUGUGGUUGUUCUAGAAAUAAUUACUGGACUUCCACCGUAUGAUGAAGAGCGGGAAAUUGUUGAUUUGCUUACUUAUGUUAAUGAAGUUGACGAUAUAAGUGUACUGGUUGAUAAAAGACUGGAACCUGCAAAUAAAACCUUUAUUCACGGAUUGUAUGAACUAUCUCAAAUAUGUUGUCAGAAUAAGAAGAAACUUCGUCCGACCAUGUCAGCUGUUCUGGAAUUAAUUAGUGAAUUGGAGAAAAUAUGACGUUUUGUACUUAAUAAAUCUAUAUUUUUAAUAUCUUGUUAUUUUAACUUAUUUGUGGUUUCGAAAUAAUGGAUAGAAUAUUGAAACAUUUGUACACUAAAUAGAUCUUUACCUUUCUUUUUCUAUUUAAAAAAUAUAAAAGGUAUGGCAUGAUGUGAUAAUAGUUGCAUAAAAAUUGAAAAGUAUGUAAAAUAUAUACGAAUUAUUAAUGUUAUUGAUUAAUGAUGUAUUGUAAUUAUUGAGAUGAAUAUGGUGCAGGUUCACCGAAAGCUUCUCUGGAUUUAAGAUGUAAAAUAAAAUAAUAUAAAUUAUAGAGACUGUCAUUGGUAAAAAUUCUGAUCUUCAAAGAAUAUAAAAUAGUCUAAUAUUGCCUAAUUGAAAUAAAGAAUGAAACUUAUAAAUAUAUAA